GCCAGGGGAUAGCGCCUCGGCUGACCCCCCUCCCUGCCUCACAGCACCCUCGACAGCCGCGUUCAGGACGCGAGAAGGCUUCAAUGGAGACACUGAGAUUCCUGCUUCACCGUGCGCGUGGCAAGCGACCUGGCCCACGCUCUUACUCCAUCUACCGGAACGUGGAGGGACCAGGUGGGGAGGGGGCUGCAGGGUUGGAGCUGAAGGUCACUGACGGGGAGGAGGAUGAAGAUAUGGCCGCCCUGGUGACCCCCAGCCCACGGAACCGGACCAAGGCUCUGACCUAUCUGGUGCUCAGCGCCCUGCUCGUCUUCACCGUUGCCUUCCUCCUGGGCUAUGUGGCACUGCGGGGAAGCUGCCCAUCCUGCGCAGGGCUGCGGGGGGACCUACUGGCUGUGGUGAGUGACGAGGGGACCGUGGAAGAGCUGCCGGCCCCAGGACCUCCCCUCUACUGGGCUGACCUGAAGGAGAUGUUCCAGAAAUACCUGCGGGAGGAGAGUAUCGAGCGUACCAUUCGGUGGGUGAGUGAGGGCCCCCACCCGCCCGGUUCACCCCGCAUGGAUGCCCUGACCCACCGGCUGCUGGAGAGUUUCACCUCCUACAGGCUGGACCGGGCCUGGACUGACACCCACUACGUGGGGCUACAGUACCCUGACAGGCAGAACCCCAACUUCCUGCACCUACUGGAUACACAGGGGGGCAUCCUGGAGAAGUUGCCACUGGAGGAUCCCGAGAUGUACUGCCCCUACAGCGCGCCUGGCAAUGCCACGGGGGGGCUGGUCUAUGCCAACUAUGGGCGCCAGGAGGAUUUUGAUGCCUUGAGACAGCUGGGAGUGAACCCCCAGGGCCACCUGGUUAUUGUCAGAGUGGGACAGAUAAGCUACGCUGAGAAGGUGGCAAAUGCAGAGUCAGCCCAGGCCCGGGGGGUGCUGAUUUACCCUGACCCCUGGGACAUCCCCCAGGAUCCUCGCAAACUGGGUCUGUCACAGAACCGGGCAGUUUAUGGACACGUCCACAUGGGGACCGGCGACCCCUACACCCCUGGCUUCCCCUCCUUCAAUCACACCCAGUUCCCCCCUGUGCUGUCUUCUGGGCUGCCCAGUAUCCCAGCCCACCCCAUCAGUGCCAGUACAGCCGCCCGCCUCCUCAGUAAGCUGACAGGCCUGGCUGCCCCACGCAACUGGAAGGGCCGCCUGGCCGAGGUCCCAUACCACCUUGGCCCCGGGGACUCAGGCACCCGGGUGCAUCUCCAGGUGAACAACAUCAAGACUUCAACCAUGAUCAGCAACAUCUUCGGGUGCCUUGAGGGGAGAUUUGAACCUGAUCACUACGUGAUUGUCGGGGCCCAGCGGGACUCAUUGGGCCCCGGGGCAGCCGGCUCAGGUGUGGGCACAGCCCUGCUACUAGAGCUGGCCCGGACCUUCUCCACCAUGGUGCGCAAUGGCUUCCAGCUGCGCCGCACUUUGCUCUUUGCUAGCUGGGAUGCAGGAGACUUUGGCAGCAUUGGCUCCACCGAAUGGCUAGAGGGGUACCUCACCAUGCUGCACCUCAAAGCUGUGGCAUACAUCAGCCUGGACAACGCCGUGCUAGGAGAUGACAAAUUCUACGCCAAAACCAGCCCUGUACUCGUCAGCCUCAUUGAGAGCGUCCUCAAGCAGGUCGACAGCCCGAACCGCAGCAGCCAGAGUCUGUACGAGCAGGUGACCUUCCCAGACCGGCCUGGGACUGUGAUGCAGCCACUCUCCAUGGACAGCAGCGCCUACACCUUCAUCACCUUCGCUGGCGUCCCGGGAGUAGAAUUCUCCUUCACCGAGGACGGCCGCCUCUACCCAUUCCUGAACACCCAGGAUGACACCUACGAGAACCUGAAUGCGCUGCUCUUCGGGCGGCUCCCGGCUGUGGCCAGAUCUGUGGCUGAGGUCGUGGGGCAGCUGCUGAUUAAGCUGACCCAUGACCACCUGGUGCCCCUGGACUUUGCCUGCUACGGCGAUGCUCUAGUGCAGCAGAUCACUCCGUUCAACCUGUACAGCAGCGAGCUAAAGAGCCGCGGACUAACCCUGCAGUGGAUGUACUCGGCACGGGGUGAUUAUAUCCGGGCGGCCGAGAAGCUGCGACAGGAGAUCUACAGCUCGGACGAGCGGAACGAGCGGCUCAACCGAAUGUACAAUGUCCGCAUCAUGCGGGUGGAGUUCUACUUCCUGUCCCCCUACGUGUCAGUCACGGAGACGCCCUUCCGGCACAUCCUGCAUGGACGGGGGGCCCACACAUUGCAGGCAUUGCUGGAGCAUCUGAGGCUGCUGCGGGAGGCACCCGGGCGCUUCAAUGAGGCACUUUUCCGGCGCCAGCUGGCCCUGGUCACCUGGACCCUGCAGGGGGCAGCCAAUGCUCUGAGCGGGGAAGUAUGGGACAUUGACAAUAACUUCUGAGCCCCCUGGGGAAUCCCCUGGCUUCCCUACCCUCUCCUGUCCCCCCAGUCCUCCCAUCUCCCCAUCUUCACCCAAUCCCCCAGGGUCCCUCCACCAUGCAAAGUUGUUUGUGCCCUUGCCCCAAACUCUGCCCACUCCCAAAUCCCUGCCCCCCCCCACUUGCCAGCCCAGCUGAUCCCUCCCCCCCACUGAACCCCUAGAUUCUACCCACCCACAUCUCCCCCUGCGCAACCCUUCUGAGCCCUCCAAUCUGUGGCCCCUUCUCUUGCACCCCCCUUCCUUUUCAAUCUCCCCCCAGAGGGACCCUGGCAUUCUUCCCCCCAAAUCUGAAUCCAUAUUGGAGGCCCCCUUUUGCUGCCUGCUCUCUUCUUGCCCCCCCAGGCCUGCUGCCUCCUUCUGUUAAUUUAUCAGUGGCCGCACCCUUUAUGAAUGGUUCCUUUUAUUGCUGUGUGAUAGAUUUAACCCUCUGUCAGAAGCAGUAGCUUCUAUACCCACCACCACACCGACAGACCUGACCCAGGAAGGUGCAAUGAUUGGAGGCAUGUGAGAGUCUUCAAGACAUUGCGAGACCAGCUAACAUAGGGGCUAAUUUUAUUUUACACACAUUUAUCCAUGCUGUUGAGCCCCCAGACAGAUGAGUUAGAAGUGGGCCUCUGGGCUGCGUUGUCCCAAGAGGCAAAAGAGAAUAACACCUAGUCUUGUGUCCAGUAUGAAGCUAUUCUCCCAAGCGAUAAACUACUCAUUCCAGGUACUCCGCCACCCAGGACAGGGGCACACAACACUUUUUUUCUUUUGGGAUUGGGAAGAGAGUAGGAGGAAGAUCUGAAGGGGAGGCUGUGAGACACAAGCCCCACACUGGGGAGGAAAGGGUUAAGGAGUCGCUCUGGACCGAUAAAACCAUGCCCAGGCACUCCUGUCACACAUGGUCACCAUGGAGACUGACUUACAGGCCUUUCAGUCAUGGAGGUUGACUUCAACGGCCUAGUGAUCAGGCCAGAGUAUUGCCACCAGGGGGUACUGUCCUCACAGGAGAGGAUGCCAAACCCCUUCCCCCAGUAGCAUGCUGUAUCAUCAUUAAGAUCAGAAAGAUCAAUGGACAAGCAGCAUCCAGCUCCUCGCAAUGUCCCUGCCUCCCUCCACUACAGUCCACAGGCCCAUCUCACCAGAGCCCCUGGGCUGCGGCCUCUGGUGGCAGGAAUCCUGGGUUCUCUGCCCAGCGCUGGGAGGAAAGUGGGGGCUGGUGGGUUAGAGCAGGGGGUGGGGAGCCAGGACUCCUGGGUUCUUCCUAAUGCUCUCUACCUAGCUCCUCCCCCUCUGUGUGCCUUACUUCCCCCAGCCCUAAUGUGGAGGGAGCUCCCUUGGAAUGGUGACCCCUCCCUCCCCAGGCAGAAAACACAAUAAAAAUGAUGCAGCUG